AUGUCCUCGCCUACAGACUGUAGCUGGCCCGACGACUCCCUCACUGAGGACGUCACAGCGUACAUACCAGACAUCAACAAGGAUGAAUCAGUCCCUCAUCUCGACUAUGACCCUCCCAUCGCAGCUGCAAGGUUCAAAGCUUUCUCGGAGCCUUGGCCGGGCGAUAACCCCACGAGCUCUCAAAGAACAGAGUAUGUCAACGCGUAUCUCGCUUGGGCACGGCACGACCCCCCAGCGUUGCAAGUUGCAGUACGAAGCCAAGCUCGGGCGAGGAUUAUUACAGCUCUCCCGAUGAUUAAAGCAAAAGAUUGGACAGAGGCGGAGACUGAGCACUUGCUUUAUCUCAUCGACGAAGAAUAUUGGCGUCUCUGGCUUGAAGACGUUGAUCCCAAGCCUUUGUGGCCUUGGACACAUCCUGAGCCCGUAUCAAUAUGGGAUAACCCUCCCACACGGAGCGACGCUCUGAACUGGUGGAUUGGGGAAACAGUUCGCCUGGGCCGAGCAACCGACGAGUUCUGGGACGAUCUCAAGAACCCAGCCUCAGCCAUCGAGAAAACAAGAACAGCUCACAAUUUAGAAGCCCGGGGUGCCGAACAAAGGCUUAUAAAUGAAUCUUGGGAACACUUCGUCUGGUAUUUCCUAGAGGAGGCAAAGAGAGUCGAGCUCCAUGACUGGGCCUACGCAAAUGGGUUUUAUCGGGCAUGAAGGAAGACAAACUUCGGGAGGGGCGGGAGAGACAUCAGAUUAUUCCUGCAGCGAUUUAUCACAGCGAGUCGGUUUUCAACUUUGAAUAAAACAUAAGAGUUUCAGGUCGGAAAGAUUGGUUUGGCAAAUAUGAACCUUGCUUGUGCGCGGCUUUCAGUCCUGUGAUGGUGUGCUCGGCCUCUUCCAAACGUUGACGAAGGGACUCCUGUAUCAAAAUGGAUUAGCGACCGUUCAAACCCUCGCGAAGAUGGUAGCUGAGAUCCUGGACUGACAAUGAUAUCAUCCUUGUUCUCU